GGGCCACGUGGUUUCAAGUAUAAAAAACUUUGAGCGUGAGGUGGCUUCAGUGUCGUGAUUGCGAGCGAGAAACCCCUAAAGGACAACAUCCCUUCCUGAAGGCGCGCAGCCUACACGAGCACAGGACUCAGGACUCAGGAGUGGGAAUUCCCUACAGUGCACUCAGACCAGAGAGAGAGAGAGAGAGAGAGAGAGAGGAGGAGGAGGAGGAGGAGGAGGAGGACAAAUGCAAAAAACAUCAUUUGAAUUCCAAGCGGCGAAGGAGGGAAAAAGAAGGUGUGAGACAGUGAGCAGUUUCUCGGAGAACUUCAGAAGGAACUAAUACGCUAAGUCAGACCAGGAGCUGAGGGCUCUGCGAGUUUCGCUCGACCUGCACAGGCUUUCUUUUGCUUUGAGUCUUCACGCGUCGUGAUCAGGAGAUGCCAGCGCUGUCCCUACAAGAGAGGAGGCUUUCGUCUUUCAUAUCAGCUCUGUAGGAGCUGGAGCUCGAGCGUGGAUGCUGGAGAUCCUCGAGAGCGGCUCCAUCCUGAGUAAUGAGUGAAGGCGCGGCGCGUGGAGCUCUGUGUGAGAAGACAACAGCCCUCUACUGCUCCUGAGUGACAUCCACGAGAUCUUCCCGAGGAGGAACUAACGAGAACGAGUGUGUUUCGCUCCCUCUGCGGCUGCUUAAGCGUCUCGCGCUGCUCAGGCUGGACGGCAAACUCGCGCUGACCCCGUCCAUCGGAAGCCAAAGCUGAAGUGAAGAAGAGAAAAUGAGUCUGAGUUUGAGCUGCCUCGCGCUCUGCUUCGUGCUCUCCGUCCACUGGGCUCAGGCCCAGGAGUCGUGCAGCUCGUGCGGACUCGGCCGCCCGGACGACUCGGACAGAGUGGACACGGACUUCGUGGAGGCCGUCAAGAGGCACAUACUGAGCCGGCUGCAGAUGAGGCAGAGACCCAACAUCACGCACCCCAUCCCCAAGGCCGCCAUGGUCACGGCGCUCAGGAAGCUCCACGCGGGCAAAGUGCGUGAGGACGGCAGGGUGGAGAUACCGCACCUGGACGGCCAGGCCGCCUACGCCAACGAGGUGCAGGAGGAGACGUCGGAGAUCAUCAGCUUCGCAGAGUCAGAUGAUUCAAUCUCAUCCAAGUCGACUCUCUACUUCAUGAUCUCCAAUGAGGGCAACCAGAACCUGUACGUGCAGCAGGCCAACCUGUGGCUGUACUUCAAGCUCCUUCCCGGUGGGCCGGAGAAAGGCCUGCGGCGGAAGGUGACGGUGAAGGUGCACUACCAGGAGCCGUCGGUCCAGGGUGGUGGGCGCUGGCCGCUGGUGGAGAAGCGGGUGGAGCUGAAACGCAGUGGCUGGCACACCUUCCCGCUGUCUGAGGCGGUCCGGGCAGCGCUGGGCAAAGGAGGCCGGCGGCAGGACCUGGAUGUGCACUGCGAGGACUGCGAGGCGGCCAGCGUGGUUCCCAUUCUGGUAGACACCACUGACCCCUCACACCGGCCGUUCCUGGUAGUGCGCGCCCGGCAGGCCGACGGCAAGCACCGCAUCCGGAAGCGUGGCUUGGAAUGCGACGGUAACAGCGGCGGCCUGUGCUGCAGGCAGCAGUUCUACAUCGACUUCCGACUCAUCGGCUGGAACGACUGGAUCAUUGCGCCGGCCGGCUACUUCGGGAACUACUGCGAAGGCAGCUGUCCCGCCUACAUGGCCGGCGUGCCUGGCUCGGCCUCCUCCUUCCACACAGCCGUGGUCAACCAGUACCGAAUGAGGGGCAUGAGCCCGGGCUCGGUGAACUCCUGCUGUAUCCCCACCAAACUCAGCACCAUGUCCAUGCUCUACUUUGACGAUGAGUACAACAUCAUCAAACGGGAUGUCCCAAACAUGAUCGUGGAGGAAUGCGGUUGCGCCUGAGGACCGUGUUGAAAGGUAGACUUUGAAUUGAAUCAAAGAACGAUGUGACAGACAUAUUUAUGGUCCGUGUGUACCACAUGCAUAUAGAUAUUAUUAUAUGUACACUCAGAACAAGUACAAUCACGCAUGUGCGUGUGUGCAUGGAGCAGCGGUUCGUCAGAUAUGUGACAGAGGAGCGAUUCGGUCCCUUCUUAUGAAUACAAAGGCUUUGAAACAAGAAGGGAAAAGUUAUCACCAAAAGUUUAUUUUUUUCUAGUUUGCCAUUUCUAGAGUAAAAAAAAAUGGCAUGGGCCCUCUCCUCUCCAACUGUGAGGAAAGAGAGGGACAUGUCUGACUUUACCUGUGACAAGCUGGUUUUGCCUAUUGGUAUGAGUACUUAGCAACAGCCGUUCCAAGACUCGUAAAAGCACUGACAUAUCAACGUCCUACACACUUCAAAACAUCAGCACUUCAACAGCAUUUCAAAGACAGCGACAGAUUACUCCACUGAGGUGGGGUUUUCAGCAAA